AAAGGUCUCCCCGUUGAAGCCUAUGGGCUGAAACACAGAAACCUGAGGAAGCUGCCCAGGCUCCUGAAUUCGACAUGUCUGAACUUGAGACUCUCUUCUCAGCAACUGUUCCAGAUUCAGGUCGCAGAAAUGGAGGUGGAAAAUCAGGUAAUGCUGCAGGAGCUAAGGCUGAUAAAGUGCAUUUGUGUUCUGUUCUAGCGCUGGAUGAUUCAACAUUGGACAUUGAUCAGAUUGAGAAUCUUAUAAAAUUUUGUCCAACUAAGGAAGAAAUGGAACUUCUAAAGAAUUACAAGGGAGAGAAGGAAAACCUUGGAAAAUGUGAACAGAACCUUAGUGGUGGGAUCCCAGAAUUCCAUUUUUCAGGCUCCUUAGAGACAGUAUCACUAGUUUUUCCGGCUCAUUACCAGAUUUUAUUGGUAAUCUUCACAACUUGUCUAGUAUUGAUCUCUCCAACUGCAACUUCUUUGGGUCACUACCUUCUACAAUGGCUGACCUUAUGAGUUUGGCAUAUGUGGAUUUCUCUCACAACAACUUCAAUGGUAAAUUUUAGUAAAUAGUGUUGUCAAUGUCACAAAAAAAAGAGAAGGAAAACAUAGAAAAAGUCUCCUUUGUCUCCCCCUUUUUUCUUCAC